AUGAAUCUUGUUCACAUUCAAGUAACUCCGUUAGUGAAUGAUGUACUUAAGGAUGCUCUAUCAUAUUCAACUCCGAAUUCAAAUGAUCAUAAACAAAUAGAAAAUGCACUGAAUAUAAUUAGUGCUAAAGAAAAACAACCUGUGUAUAUUGCAGGUGAUAUCGUCUAUUUGGCCUAUCGUAUUAAAACUGAACAUGAUGAUAGUAAUGAUCGUAAAUAUUAUUUUCAUGAGUUAUUAAAUGGCUGUGAUUUAUUUGUGCCUGAAUAUAUUGCACCUGAACGUAAUAAAGAAUUAGAUGAACGUAUUGAAAAAUUGAAAGCUGAACAAUCGAAUCUUGAAUAUCGAGAGAUGACCAAAAAUGUUGAUUUAACUUUCACUGCUCAACAAUAUCAUAAACAGAAUAGCAUACUGCCAGAAAUGCGUUCAAUAAAAGGACAAUUAAUAACGAUAUUUAAUGUUUUUCUAACAAUUGGUGGUGCAUUUGCGUUUGGCUAUUAUUCAAUUGGACAUACCCAACAAAUCACCAGAAUAUUCUUUGGACUAUUUUGUGCUUUUAUUGUAGCAAUUGCUGAUUUUUACUUUUUAUUUAAGAGAUUGAGUCAACUAGAUUAA